CUUGCUGGCUAUGCUAUGCGAAGAAAGAAACGCAGAUCAAAGCAACGCAGUGCAGUCAAACUCACUCCACUGCUGCUGGGUGGUUGGUUGCGAGAGGAGGAAGAAAUUUUAUUCUCGUCUCCUCCUUUCUAAUUUGUAAUUAAUUACUCGACUAAUAAUUUCUAAUUUUGAGAAUUGUCUUCUCUCUCUACGUAAAAUUACUGGUACUUCAAACACUAUAACUUCCCCCCACCAACCAACCCACCACACCCCUCGAACGCAUAGAAAAAUAUAUAUUAUUUGUAGAGAGAUUUUUUUUCUGUAUAAUUUUCGUCUGCUGCCUUUGAAUCGAUAAGAGAACGACGUAAUAGAUAAGAACGUAGACAGAUUGAUAACUGAACUAUUAUUGCUGUUGUGGGAAGACGAACGAUAUUUGAUAAGCUUCCUUGCCUGCCUGUCUGCCUCCUCUUUUGCCAUAAAAAAGAAAGCUGAAGAGUAGAAGAUACCUGCCUGAGAAAUAUAUUAGUUAGUAUCGUAGGAUAAGAGGAAGAGAGGACGUCCUUUUGGGUUGUAAAGUAGUUGUUGACGUGCUUUUGCCAUGUUUCUGAACGAUGCGAUUGUUGAAGAAGAUGAAGAACUGGAAAAAAUGGAAGAUUGGGAAGGACUACCAAGUGUUGUGAUGGUGGAGAUUUACAAGAACCUUUCUUCAAGAAAAGAUAAACUGAACGCUUCCAGCGUCUGCAAGAACUGGCGAGCUUCUGCAUUCCAAGUGCCCUUGAGUGAUUCUCUCAACCUUUACAUGACCAAGGGAGAGAAAGAUAUAGAGAAAGUGACCUUUCUAAGUCAGCAAUUCAUCUGCAAAGUGAAACAUGUUACGUUUACAUUCGAUGUGUCAACCGAGGCUUGUAUGGAUACUGUGGAAAACGUAUUGACUCUACUGCAAAAUAACCACCAGCUCCUAUCGCUCAAAUUGCUCUGUUCCGAUCACUGCCUGGCCUAUUUGCAGCAUUUUGGAAAGACAGAGGAACACAUUUUUAUUCAGAGGGUGCUAUAUCCAGUAAUGAUGGUGCUGAAAGGGAAAGCUCAGCUAGAAACUUUUAGCUUUCCCUUGAUUCAAAAUCUCUCCAGGAUGACUUGGAACACUCUUUUUCCAGCUGUGUUUUUAAGUCGCAGUCGAUUGUCAAUCACCAACCUCUUUCUCCCCACUUUCAAAUUCGUCGAAUCUAAUAAAGAAUCUGAGGAGGAGAAUAUUGCAAUUUAUGCCCCAGGAACUGCCGAACUUGCGCCAAUUCGACGUUUUCAUCAGUUGCAGAUGCUGAGUCUUGGCCAUGAUAAUUUGAAUGAUGAAUUCCUUGCAACUAUUGGACUUGACAGUAAUGUUGGUGGAUUGCGACGUUUGAAUGUCGUGGCCGUACAACGAAAUCCUUACGUGUCCAACCGUGGAUGGUUCAUAUUUGUUAAAAACAAUCCUGAAUGCAAAGUCCGGCUUACAAUCUAUGGGGGAUCUGGAUUGGUUGCACAUCCUUCCAAUCUGAUAUAUCCUAGCACUCCACUCAGUCACUUUCGUUCAUAUUAUUCCAAAGAUGUACGGAUUAACUUUCUAAACUCGAUUAUCGGAUGGAAUCUGGAAACUUUGGAGCACUUGGAAUUGGUGGAUGAUAACUGUAAUUGGACUGACAUAAUCAUGCAGUCGGAUCCAGAGGAAUAUCAAUUCUUGGACCCAAUUGUAUUCGCAGCAUGGAGAUGUAAGAAUUUACACACUUUGAAACUGGGAGUGAACUACUGUGGAGACACCCUGGUUGGAAUUGCAAGACUAUUAGGGCCAAGUUUGCUUAAUUUGGAAAUACCGAAAUCACUUGUCAUCUUUGGCAGUUUGAACUUGCGUAAACUUAUGAAGGAGAUUAGCAGUGCACUUGGCCGACCAUGGAGGCCCCAAUACUUCAGAAAACGUCGUCUCGCAAAACCUCCCAAGAAGACGUUCGAACGUGGAGCCAGGUGUAUGGUGGUUCGUGCCACAAUGGAGGAUGAGCUUUGAGCAGCAGCAGUUUUACAAUCACUUCCAUCUUAUACAACAAUCUCACAAAAUUUACUUUCGAACAACAAUGAAUGUUUCUCGUCUUGUCAUCAUCUUACCCACACAAUACAAUCAAUCACCAUCACCCCCGGAGUCAUUACACAAGUACAACAUUCAAACUACUAUUAAACUGCCACACAGAGGGGAAAUUAAAAUAAUAAAUGAAAUAUCGCAACUUUACCGCAUCGCAAAAUGAAAGAAUGACAAAUCAGUCUGGAAGGCCAUGACCAAAAAGAGAAAAAACAGUGAUAAGUAUUAAAAUGUACUACCAACCAACGUGAUACACACGGUAAGACGAGAAUAAUUUUAUUCAGUACAACUUCCAACAUUCAAUCUUAAAAAUAAGACGAGAUGAGACACCAUAUAUUGAAGAGUUAAGUAAUUUUAAUUAUAGGUUAUUAAUCUUAUAGGUUGUUACAUACAUGUACAUAUAUAUUUUAUAAAUUAGACGAGAGCUAUGUUUUUUGGGUGAUGAAGUACGUCACCAAUCUCUGUUUCGUGAAUGACUUUACAAACAAGAAAGUCACACAUGACUAUCCUCCUCAAACAAAUAAGUAACUAUAUACCAACCAACCUAAAGAGAGCAAAAGACUAUCAGGCUUGAUGACGAUGAAACAUAAUAUUUUAUUUUUGUUGGUCAAAUUUUAAAAUAUCCAGUAUGAAACGUAUAAGAAUCAGUCAGUCAGUCGUCGAAACCAUCGCAAGAGCAAGAAUUAUAUAAAUAUAUAUUUGUGGAUCCGAUCAAUUAAUCCACCUCGGCAGAUUACCUACCUAUCUACCUACCACCGUUUUGCCAUACGUUUAGAACAGAAGAAUACGACCUGAAUAACGAAUUUUGUAAAAAAAGAAGAUUGUGUAGCAAUAUAUUCCAUACUCUUACUGUGCAUUUUAUGAUAGGUAGGUGUCAAUGUCACCAAAAGGUUGAAAUUAACUACCCACACGACUCAGGUUAUUAAUCCAGAUUUUUAUGCAGUUUAUCGCAUCGCUGUAAUUAACAUGGUUUGUUCUUCUCCAAUGGAGGUGAUUCACACGCGUCUAUGUAUUUAAUCGUUCGUCGUUAACAAUGCAUUCCUUCAACAAUUACAAAUAUCGCAAAAUAGAAUUUAUGAAAUACUACGUCGUCAGCACCACGCGCAACGCAGAUAUCGUCGUUUAGUAGUUUCUCAUCCAACGUGAGGAAAGCAGGAACAAACUGAAAGUAGGAAUUGCAUACCAAGUCUGACCAAUUAUACAAUCUUAUCAAAUAUAUAGUUACUCAAGAAGAAGAAAAAAAAACAGGACCGUAGGAGCUCCAUUUCAAACAGAGAUUCCAUGUGGAAUUUAUUUGUAUUAUAUAGUUUUACACAUUUGAGAUCGCUUUGCAUUUAAGUAAUUUGUAGAUUUUAGUAAAGAGAGACGCAAAGACCAAGAAGAAGGCUAGCAAGGGAAUGAAUGAAUCUAACCUAGAGUUACAAAACAAUGAUGACAUCAUGUCAGUCCAGUCAUCUGAAUUUAAUAGAAUUGCAUAAUAUACUUCAUUAGGUGAAUUAACAACACUUUAAUAUCAACCAAUAAUACAAUCCUUACCAUCACUUUACCACCAUAAAAUUAUUACCUCUGUAAAAACGAGAGAGAAAAGUAACUUUUAAUAACAGACUGAGAUAAAAUAAUAUGCUAAAUAUGAUUGCGAUGCAAAAAUCCCAUGCAAUUUAUACCCGGGAUUCGCAUUCGCAGUUACUUUAUAAUAUUCCAAACAAACAAUAUUCAUCUUUUGUAAAUAGUAUAUGCGAAGGAGGAAAAUCGCAAAGGAGAAAGUCAGUCAAUCAGUUAGUCAAGAUACUCACAAAUGAAACAAUACUGAUAAUGAAGGGUAAUCUCUGGUUGGUAUAAGAAUAUUAUAUCGCAGAAAGAAAGAACUGCAAUCGUUAAAUGUAUUAUAUCGUCACCAUCGCAUCAUAUUGUUAAGCAAGAUCACACCGGUUUAGAGAAAGUCAUACAACAGAUCAUUUUCCCAAGCGAGUCUAGUUAAGACAAGAUGAACACCGAUUCGUCAUAGUUUAAGAAGAGCUUAUCUGACUGACGUAUAUAAAAGUAAGGUUUAACCUGCAAAACACCGCUGUGCGUUGUUGUAUGAAAUGUCCACAACUGACAACCGUCUCGUAAUAAUAAUUCUGUAUGUAGUAGAUAUCGUAAGUUGUUAGAUUCGUUUCGAGAGAUUUAUGUUUAGCCGUUUAGUCUUUAUUAAGUUAAGAAUGCUCAUAUUUUACUAAAGGACUGGAAGACACUGAUCGCCUAUGUACAUUUUAAUACCAGUGUCGAAAAAUGAGGUAGCUAAAAGGAACUUGUAUUGUGUUGCAUUAGGGAAGCAGAUUUUUAAAAGAUGCAACAAAGAGCCGUGGUAAACAACUGUGAUGAUCUCUCAUUCUUCUCUUUAACACAACUGAGAGUAAAAUAAAUAGUCUAGAAUUUCGGAUAAUCGUUCCUUACACACACGUAAUAAAAUUAAUCCAACCAACUACCCAGAGAAUGUCGAAUAAAGUGCUAAAAUAAGGAACGUUUUGUCCACGCGUAAAAAAGUCAGGAAUAUUAUUAUGGUGUGUGUGACGAUUCCUCCUCGUCAAGACAAAAACCAGCCAGUUGCCAAAAGCAAAAAUUAAUAACUAACUACAGAGAGAUGCAAUGAGUACCUCUUUUAAUAAUAAUUAGAUUUCUGCUCCUGGAGAAAGUUUUGCUAUUGCAUAACUCGUAUCUUUUUUGUAAGUUAAAUAAGAAUAAUGUAUAGCUUCAUAUUGUAUGGAAUGGCAUUUAGGAGGUUUCUUAAACGAUGAUGUAUGUACUAGAAAAAUUUGGUCAUUCCAUCCAAGAUUUCAAAGAGUUGUGUGUAUAAAAAAAUAUGAAGUUUGUAGCUGUUAGGUCGCAUUUCAAAAUUACAUUUACGUACAUAUGUAUUGUCAUGAAAGUUUCAGCGUUUGCGUAAAAAUGUUACUAAAUGAUAAUUCAGCCUUAGUAAGUUCUUGUCUUAUCUAUAUUAUCUACGAAAUGUAAGUUUAGACAUAAUUAGUAGUAGUUAAGAAUUUGAUAGCUUAUUGCAAUUAAUCUCACUCACUCAAUCAUAAUCAACGGAUUUAAUUAAAAACCAACCAACCAACCAUACCACCAGUAAAUUAAAGCAUAUUAUAAAUAUAAAUAUGUACUAGCGAACUGAGAAGAAGGAUACUGCAAAGUACUAUAAAUGUUGUAACCGAAUGUCAAAAGAGAAAGCAAGCUGUGAUACCAUCUCUUUACUAAAAAAUAUGUACAUGUCAUCAAUCCAAUCUAGUGUGUAUCAACCAGACGCACCACUUUUCAGGAGUUUCUGACACAACAAUGUCAAAUGUUGUAAUAUGUAUAACUACUAAAGUACUAGCUUUUAUGACCACUCAGUAAAUCAUCAAUUAACGACGAAUGUUAAAAAAGGUGCCAGUUUUAGAUAGCUACAAAAUGAGGCAUUACAAAAUUUCAAUUUGUGUGCUCAUUUCUGCCCAUAAUUUGUAUAUUAUAAUACUUGACGCCACAUGAUGAUGAUACUAACAAGAUACAACUUGGCGAAAGUCAACUCAUGUAAUUCCGUGCCUAUGAAAACAAAAAAUCUCUAGUGAAUUGAACUCAUUCCAAUCCAAUUCAAAAGAUUGUUGUCCGUAUUAUGAUAUCGAAAGGAGGAAGUAGGAGAGAGUAUAUACAUUCGGCCUCUAAAAGAAGAAUGCACUAUCAGCGGUUGGCAAUUUCUUCAAAAUAAUAAUCCAGUGAUUUUUCCAGUAAUCGUCACUGCUUGAUUUGAUUAUGUACCUGACGAUUGUCAAUGGCUGCAUGGUUUGUGUCCUUCUAUGAUUAUUAAUUACACUGUCGGUACAUAUUAUAUUGUAAUAGUUUGUUAAAGAAAAGGUUUGACAGCCCCACCGCCACAUGAGACAUCUCAUAUAAAAGAAACAAGAAAGGAAACAUCAUCAAUUGCUAGGUAGGAAAGAUAUUUUUUAGUUAUUAGGGAAGGAGAGAAAUGUAUGUAAAUAUAUGACGAUUAUAUCGAGUUGUUGUACAACGAUUGUUUCCUAUUUCUAAAACCAGCAACACCUUUUACUAUUCUUAAAAACAACCUGUACUGUAACAGCCAGAAAUAUAUGUAAAGGAGUCGUCAUUAAUAAGCAACCAAAAGACUGAAGGACAUGUUUUUAGUGGUACAGAUUUAAAACCAGCUAUAGCUUUACAUACACACACACAUAUUGAAAGCAAGUAUUGUACAUAUUGAAACAAAAAAAAACAGUACUUCAAUUCAAUUUGGUGGUAGCUCUUCUUAACAAACACUAGUAAAUUUCAAACAGUCUCGGCUCAGUAAAAUCGUUAUGAAAGAAUUAAAGAGCAAAUUAAUCCAUUCUUAACAUCAACAUAAGAAAAGUAAAACUUAAUUGUCGGUAUCAUUUUCUUCUUCGAAAUCAUCAAUGUCAACA